GAGUUAGGAGCCCUUGCUUCGUGUUCGUUCGCUGUUAUACCUGGCUGCGAUCUCGUUCCGCAUCACUCCCCACUACUUCCACGACCACAUCCGCUCUUAGGACGUACAUCAAGCUCUCCCCAUGGAAACUGAAAUGAACCCCGAGAAUCUCAGAGAGACAAUCGGGCGCUUCCGAGUUCUGAUCUUGGGAAGAGCGAACGCAGGUAAAACAACCAUUCUUCAGAAGGUCUGCAACACCACGGAACAGCCAGAGAUUUUCAAUGCCGAAGGAGAGAAGAUUGAUGCUGCCGUCGUAGAAGGCUCGAGAUUGCGCGGAAAUCACGAUAUCACAAACGAGAUGGUGUUCAAAAGCAAUCCCGGUUUCGUCUUUCACGACUCGUGCGGUUUCGAAGCGGGCUCUGUAGAAGAAUUCGAGGAGAUGAAGAAAUUUAUCUCAGAACGUGCAAAUGCGAAAAAAUUGGAGGAGCGACUGCAUGCUAUUUGGUAUUGUAUUCCAAUGGACGACCAUUGGCGAACAUUCCAGCGGUCGGAGGAGAAAUUCUUCUCCGAGUGCAAUACUGGGAAUGUUCCCGUAAUUGCAGUAUUCACGAAAUUUGAAGCACUCUGCCCAGUGGCAUUUGGAGAACUGGGGGAGGAACUCAUCGGGGUAUCAAACGAAGAGUGCCUGAAGAGAAUUGCCCAACGUGUCGAAGAACUGUUCAACAACACACGUGUCUGGGAUCGGUUGUGCGACCCUGAAAACCGCACUCAUCCCAAGUGCUAUGUAUGCUUACAAAAUAUGAAUGAACCAGACACAAACUGCAACAUCCUGGUGGAAUGCACUACUUUUGCAUUGGAUGACGAAGAAUUGCGGCUGUGCUUAGUAUCAACACAACAGUCAAAUCUGGAACUUUGUAUCAAGUGUGCUGUUGAAACACUUGUGGAUUGUGCUCAUCAACAAGUCUUGCGACUUCCAACAGAUCAUGAAGCCUACCUGUGGGACCUUGCUAAGUGGUUUCCAUAUCUCACAGUAAGAUAACAAUAUCAUGAUGACUUUGUGAUUGGUGCUAACCAAUGCUGUCUUGUGAUGAUAGCUAGUAAGAUGCUGGUUUUUGCACCUGAACCCAUGCUGAUGGUCUUGAUCCCUUGCUGCUCCUGGCCUGUUGACAGCAAGUAAGUGCCUUGACGGUUUCUGGUCCUGAACCAAUGCUGAUGGUCCCCAUCCCUUGCUGCUCCUGGCCUGUUGACAGCAAGUAACAAGUAAGUGCCCUGGCCCCUGAUGGUUUCUGCUCCUGAACCAAUGCUGAUGAUCC